AUGGCAUCGCACGGCUUUGCUUUAUCUGCUCAUGAUAUAAAAAAGCUUGCAUAUUCUUUUGCGAUCCAACAAAAUAUUCCACAUAAUUUUAAUACCGAACGAAAAAGGGCAGGUCAAGAUUGGUUUCUCACCUUCAUGAGACGACAUCCUGAACUGGCAGUUCGUAAGGCUCAAGGAAUGUCUACUGCCAGAGCCAAAGGCAUGACGAGACAAGAAUGUACCCAAUAUUUCGAACUACUAGGAAACGUUUUGACAGAAAAUAAUUUAUUAAAUAAGCCUCAAAACAUGUUUAAUCUCAAUGAAACUGGAUUGCAGUUAAAUAAUAAUCCAGGCAAAGUUGUAGUAACUAAAGGCACUAAAAUGGUAAACUGUAUCACGAGUGCUGAAAAGGGAGAAACUAUUUCCGUUAUAACGCGUGUAAACGCAGAAGGCAGUUUUUUCCCACCCUGCUGUGUAUUCAAAGGGAAAAAUAAAAAAAAAAGGAAUUUGAAGAUGGUCUACCACCUGGAGGAAAGGUUGUUAUGGGCGAGAAGUCAGCUUAUCUCAAAUCUGAAAUUUUUUUCCAAUGGUUUCGUGAAUUUUUUGUUCCGCGGAAAGGUGCCUGUAGGAACCUGUGGGAUUUACCCUUUUAAUCCCGAAAAAAUUCCCGAUUAUGCUUUUACCAUUAACGACGAACCAUCAGCUGAAGACGAACACAACCCACAAGACAUUCUCAGUGAGGAGCAAAACGACCACAGACCAGGUAGUGUCAUUGCAGUCAACAACCCCGAAAAUAGAAACCCCUUUGAAGCAAUUUCACCGGUUCCAUGCGUGGAACCAGGACCAAGUGGCUAUAGACGAAAACAACAUGCCGAAAUACUAACUUCGCCAGAAACAAUUUGCGCAAAACCAGCAAUGGAAGAAGUAAAAAGAACAAAAUUAAAACAAAAAGAAGAACGGAAAAAAACGCAAAGUAUUGUUGAUCUUAGGAAGAAAAUGGUAGUUACAAAAAAGGAAACUAAAAAAUCACCAAGUCCGAAUUCGUCAGACACCGAAACCGAGGUAGUAACCCAAGAAAGCAACGAUUCAGAAAUCGAUACUGAUGAGUCAGAAUUUUGUGCAGCAUGUCAUGGGUAUUUUUACGAUAAAAAAGAUCCCAAAUGCGACUGGCUCCAAUGCGUAACAUGUUUGAAAUGGGUCCAUGAAAUAUGUGCGCAAUCUGACAGAUUUUGCGAAGAGUGUACGCCGUUAUCCGAAAUAGCUACCAAGACAAAAUCACAUUAA